AUGGGCACCCCUGUGGUCAAUGAAUAUCCCAGCUUAUUCCCAACAGAAGUUGCCCAUGACACGGUCGCUGAGCUUGGGGAACUUGAAAACAUGCAGUUCAAGGAUCCGAACCCCAACGUCAAUCCCUUCCAACGAUCAUUCAUAGGCGAGAUUCGUCGCAUCGACGAGAUGGCUCGUCGCGUUCUUUUUUCUCUACUCAAAUUGAGAGGGAAAAAGAUAAGAUACCCGUGCGCCCGCUGUAUGAUUCGGCGCCUCUCAUCACCGUUGGUCCGCGAGCAGCUCAAACAAUGGACGGCUUAG